UUAGGCUAGGUUAGGUUAAAGAGGCAGCGGAGGAGGAAGCUAAUCAUAUGUAUCUGGCUCCGAUCAGUAUGGCUAUACGUGAGAAACUCGUAGUGAUACGCACGGUUAUACACGGUGUACGAUUAAUUUGGAAAUGAAGUGUUACGUGCAAUAAUCUUGCGUCGAAGUGGUGAACACAAGUGGAGGCUAGUUACGUCGUAUUUUCUUGUUACGAGCGAACAGUGGACAUUGUAAAACGCUAGAGUAUAGAAUGCCGCAGUUUCACAAAAUCGAGAUCAACAGGACGGAAUGGGAGGUACCGGAGCGAUAUCAAUUGCUCACCCCCGUGGGCUCAGGAGCUUACGGACAAGUCUGUUCAGCCGUUGACACGACUACCGGACAAAAAGUGGCGAUUAAAAAGUUAGCCAGACCAUUUCAAUCAGCUGUACAUGCAAAACGGACAUACAGGGAGUUACGUAUGCUAAAACACAUGAAUCAUGAAAACGUGAUAGGAUUGCUAGAUGUAUUUCAUCCAUCUUCGUCUUUGGAAGAUUUUCAACAUGUAUACUUAGUCACACAUUUAAUGGGCGCUGAUUUAAACAAUAUUGUCAGAACACAAAAACUUUCUGAUGAUCAUGUGCAAUUUCUUGUCUAUCAAAUACUUCGUGGCUUGAAGUAUAUUCAUUCUGCAGGAAUUAUACAUAGGGAUUUGAAACCAUCUAACAUAGCAGUCAAUGAGGAUUGCGAAUUGAAAAUAUUGGACUUUGGCUUAGCCAGACCUACAGAAAAUGAGAUGACUGGUUAUGUUGCCACUAGAUGGUAUAGAGCACCCGAAAUUAUGCUUAAUUGGAUGCAUUACAAUCAAACAGUCGACAUUUGGUCAGUAGGAUGUAUUAUGGCAGAGCUAUUAACUGGAAGAACACUAUUUCCUGGAACAGAUCACAUUGAUCACCUAACACGAGUGUUAGUGCUCUGUGGCACACCCACAGAGGAAACAUUAAGCAAAGUUACUAGCCAAGAGGCUAGAAAUUAUAUUCAGAGUUUACCACCAUUGAAGAAAAAAAAUUUCAAAGACGUAUUUCGUGGAGCUAAUCCUUUAGCUAUCGAUUUAUUGGAAUUAAUGUUGGAAUUGGAUGCAGAAAAAAGGAUUACUGCUGAACAGGCUUUAGCACAUCCAUAUCUUGCACAAUACGCAGAUCCAACUGAUGAACCUAUUUCUCUACCAUAUGAUCAAAGUUUUGAGGAUAUGGAUCUACCAGUAGAAAAAUGGAAAGAACUUGUAUACCAUGAAGUUGUAAACUUUGUUCCACAGCAGCUAUCCACGUUGUCUUCAACAAUUGAAACGACUUCUUAAGAGUACAUUCAUAGCGUGAGUGAUGGAUUUAAAUACAGUAAGAUAUAGAGUAUGAUAUAAAGAUUAACAUGGAAUAAAUAAUAUCAUGAAUAAGAUAUAUAUAUAUAUAU